GUGGUGGGUUUUUUAAUUUGUCGUUUGUGUCUUCGUUAUCCGCAUUAGGAUAAAGAUAAUGCUGUUGAAAUUAAGACAGAUUUUUUCUUGGGUUACAUAUGUACUGUUUUAGCCGUAUAACAUUACAGCCUGUUGGACAAUAUUUUUUGUCAAACUUGAUUUCUGGACAAAGUUUCAUGUUCCAACUUACUAACGUUCCAAUCUCCCUGUUUUAGGGAAAAUUUUGUCUGGGUUAGGUGAAUUUCGGGGAUAUAUUUUAGGAAUCUAUGGGUAAACUGCUGAGAAACCAAAAUUUUUAUAGGUCUGGGGAAGACCCUCAAAGUGCUAUAAGAUUCUGGUAAAAUGAUGAUGAAAACCCCAAUGUUCUGUGGAAAUUUCGGGCUUUUCCCGAUAUUUUACAGAAUGUUGUAACAUUUUAUGGGGGUUUCUCCAAGAUAGUGAUACUGAGGUGUGCUUCUUGAGGCGAAAUGACCAUAUUCGUUAUAAUGAAAUUUUCGGUGAUCUCACAGCAAUCACUAGGCAUACCAUGGAGUGUACUUCAUUUAGUUAAAUAAAGUAGUACCUUGACAUUAGAAUUCUACGUCUUUGAGACAUUAUGGUUUCAUGUCCAUUACCCUAAACGAUCAAAGAAUCAUAAUUAUAUCUUUCUUAACACUUCAAUGUGCAGAUCUAUAUUAAUUUUCGCUUUUACUCAUGUUUUAACGUUGAUGUGAUAUCACAUCGAGAUUGGAAGAGUUUUACUGCCACUCUAUAAGUCAAGUACUUCAAAGAUUGUUAUUAUUAUAUUAAUAAUCUCUCUCAAAGCCUGUUUUUUAUGAUGAGCAUUGAACAGUCAACCUCGUCCCCGCUCAAAACACCUACUCAAUAGUUUAGGUUUUUCUUAGUAUGGUUUGCACUGAAGAAAUAAAGUAAAAGACAUUUGAUCUUAUCAAUUUUUCUUCAAAUUAACAUACCAUCUCCAAGUAAAACAUUUCUUGGCACAAUUUCUAUUAACGAUUUACACUACCAUAUAAUCGUAAAUCAUCCCCGUAUUUCGGAAUUCUUUGCUAAAUACUAUUUUUCACUCUGAAUUCUUUAUGUUGGUUAAUCUCUUAUAUCUGACAUUAAUUUGGAGUGAGGUAUUGGCGAAAGUAAAUAAAAACAUUGAGUUGUUUAGUUUGAGUGGUGCGCUCUCAAUUGUUGUUGGAAUGGCUCGGGAUCAUUGGAGUUAGGCUAGUUUAAAAAAGUCCUUAGUGUGCAACCACAGAUUUUCUCAAAGCGAUGCACACAAGUCUUGUCUCGCGUACGUUUUUUGCAGCGAUUCUCAUUUGUGUAAUCUGGGCUAGAUCCACUUAUAGGCCAAUAGUUAUUAGAACUACGGUACGAAUAACGUUUAUUUUGUGAAUCUUUUUGAUAUCAUCAACAAUCACUUUUGACCAAUAAUAAAAAUAAGGCUGUGUGAUGUCAGCUUUAUUUGUCUCUUGUCUUCUGUAUGGCCCAUCUAGUCGUUCUCCAUUCAAUUUCAUUUAUUAUAGGUGUGUCGCUACUAUCGUUGUUGGUUAAGGAUUAAACAGUGAACGAUGGCUUUUUUUCAACUCCAGACAUCAAAAACUAGCUUCUUCCUUCGGGUCAGAAAAACUCGAUUCGAUCAGAAGUAUCCAUCGUAUAUAAUCUCCAAAGGUUUUGCAAUAGUACCGUCAUCUGGUCAGGACAUACAUUCUACUGGUCGUUGUACAUUAGCUCCUGAUCAGUCAGUCCCUCGACAUGUUUCUCUUGCAUCAUCUAUUCGUUUACGAAACUCUUCCAUUUCGGAACUUCGACGAGAAUUUAUUAAUUUUUUUCGAAGUCAUCAACAUUCAGUGGUAGCACCGGCUUCUGUAUUUCCGAAGCGUCACGAAGGAAGCUAUUUCAUCAAUGCAGGUAUGAACCAAUUUAAAUCAAUUUUUCUCAACCAGUCGGAUAUUAUUUGCUCAGAAUUUAAGCAGUUACGACGUGCUACCAACUCACAGCCAUGUAUUCGAAUCGGUGGUCGUCAUGAUGAUUUAAAUGAUGUGGGAUAUGAUAGGCAUCAUCACACAAUGUUUGAAAUGUUGGGCAGUUGGUCGUUCGGGGACUACUAUAAGAAAGAGGCUUGCUCUCAGGUUUGGAAAUUUCUUACUGAGGUGUUAAACCUGCCUACCAAUGCAAUUUACAUAACAUAUUUCGGUGGUGAUCAAAAACUUGGACUUCCUCCCGAUGAUGAAACACGUGAUAUCUGGCUGAACUUGGGGGUGAUGGAUCAAAAAUUAAUGCCAUUCGGUAUCGAAUCAAACUUUUGGCGUGCAAAUCAGUUUAGUGGUGGAGGAUUGUGUGGUCCGUCAACCGAAGUACACAUAGAUUUUAAAGCACUCUGCGGUGGAGAUCACUUAGACUGUGCACGUUGUUUAGUGAAUACUUCUAGCCCUCAAGUUUUGGAACUGUGGAAUUGUGUUUUCAUAACACAUCGUAUCAUAGCUGAUAACGAUGUGACAGAGAAACAUUUGAAACCUGACCUUCUUCAACCUUUAGAUAAGUCAUUUGUAGAUACUGGAAUGGGACUAGAACGACUGGCAUGUGUGAUGCAGGGAAUUACGUCGAAUUAUGAUUCCUAUGAGAUGAACAGUUUGAUGGAAUUUAUACACUCAAAGGCAAACUCAUGUAAUCGUUCUGUACCUGUUUAUCAAGGUUUAUUUUUAUCCAAUCAUCUACAAGAUAUUGAAACUAAAACAGGCAAAGAUCAAUCAGAAAUUACUCUAUCUUCUCUGUGGAACAAAAUAUCUGGAAAAUUUUCAUCUUCUGCUGUCUGCUCAAAAUCACAUCUUGCUCUUGAUCAUUCUUGGAAAAAUUUUAACAUGGACAAUGAUCUUGUUGAUAUGUGGCAUCGAGAUACCGCCUAUCGAGUAUUGGUCGAUCAUAGUCGUGCAUUAGCAUUCGCCUUAUCAGAUGGUUUAUUACCAGGACGUCAAGGUUUACCUCUGAAAAUUCGUCAGCUUAUUCAUCGAGCUUUUCGUGCAUCUGUUUUAACUGGUCUUGAUACAGAAAUAACUACGUCUGGGAAAUUAAAAUCUCUCCUGGGAGCUUUGGUAUCCGAAGUAGCCAAAAGAGAUGUUCUCAGUCUUCAGUCGUUUUUUAACACAAUGGCUACCAUAAAAGGACCUAGCUGUAGAAAGUCUGAUGCAAUAACUCCGGAACAAAUGGAAUCAAUUAUUAAUGAAGAAGUGAUCUGGUUUGCACCUCGUUUAUUUCAUAUGGAAAAGUCAUUUAAUCGAUGUUUGGAAGAAUGCACCAAUAGGAGACAACUGUCAGCUGAGCAAGUAACGAAAUUAAUGAACGGUGAUUAUGGACAUCAUGUAAGCUGGGAUAUGAUAUGUGCACAAUCAUGUUGGGCUGGUCUUUUACCACCCUUACCAAUCGAAACCAAUUCUCCAUCGGACAACAAUAAACCAUUACUGUUUAGAAAUCAUAAAUUAAAUUCAAACGUAAUUUCGCGUCAGUUGCAUAAUUUAUGUGUACCGUUUACGGAUGAUUCAUUUAAAUACAAUUGUUAUCAAAAAUCUGAACUGGAUCCAAAUGCAACUGGACAAUACGAUUUCCCAGAUUGUGAAACAAAAUUACUAGGAUUGCUUGCCAUCGGUAAUAAAGAUACAGAUUAUACGUUAAUUACAAAACAAUCUUUAUCGAAUUCAAAUGUUACUUCUGUCAUUCAAAAUCUAUGCGAUGCAUCAAAUAAUGAAAUUGCUAAUAAUUUACUCGGUUUCAUUUUUGAAAAAACUAACUUUUUUACAUCAUGUGGUGGUCAAGACACUGAUACCGGUUUUAUUCACUAUCCUUCUAAGAUUCUUCAAUUUCAAGUUAUUGGAACAACUUUUGUUUCUGAUCCUAUUUCGAAUUCUUCAACUAAUGGUUGGAUUAUACAUUGGUGUCAUAGACCAGAUAAUUUAUUUCCUUCAUUAGAUAAUCUAAAAUUUGAUCAAUCUUUUGUUUUAAGUAUUGAUAAAGAACGUAGAUUUAAUCUUAUGUGUUCACAUACUGGUCAGCAUUUAUUUACAUCAGCUCUAGAAUCAUCAGUGCUAUCGCAUUCUUCAGCAUUCCAACAUAUUGGUGGUACUUCUCACUCUAAUUAUUUCACUGUAAAAGCUGCUAUUAUUGGUUCAGCGUCAGAACUAAUGCAAGAAAAUUUAGGUAAUUUUACAAGACAAUUAGAACAAAAGUGUCAAAAGUUAAUUAAUGAAAAUGGAUUUAUUUCCAUUUGGAAUACAGAAUUGGCACAUGCCUUAAAAGUGAAACAAAUUCGAUACUUCCCUUGGGAGGAGUAUAGUGCAAAAGUACGCACUGUGUGUAUAACAAAAGAAAAACAUCCAAUUAAUCAUCAUGAACUAACAGAUUUUAAUUCUGUCAUCUCAGCUGAAUUGUGCGGAGGGACACAUCUUUUUGAGUUAUCCGAUUUACUGGAUAUAGCGGUGGUUGCAGUUAAAGGACGUCAAAAAACAAUCAAAGAAUUCACUUGCAUUUUUGGUCAUUUGGCUAAAUCUGCACAUCAAUGUGCUAAUGAAUUGAUUCAAGAAGGUUUAUCAAGAGAAAAAGAAGCUAUUCAUGAUCCUAAAAAAGCAGUCAUCCAUAUCGAUUGGUAUGAAUCUGUUUUAAAUGAUCCACACUAUACUGGAUUUCUCCCAUUAUAUGCUCGAUUAGCAUUAGAAACCAAUCUUUACCGUAUCAAUCAUAAAACAGAUAUUAUUGAUACUGACCAAGUCCAAUUAUACAUUGAUAACAUGAAAAUAAUGACUGGUAAUAAUAGCGGUGAAACAUCUCAAGCUGUAAUUUCUGAACUUGAUUUUCAUAGAUUAGAUGAUCUUAUUUUUGCAUUUAUACAACUCAAUAUGACUCAACCAUUUGUUGUCUAUAGUAUGAAUUUAGCUGUUUGUUAUUUUCCAAAAUCACAUGUAAGUGCGAAAUUGUCCAUUGUUUUACGUAUAAAAUUCAGUAAUUUUAAUAUAAUGAACAUAUAAUCUACAUACUAUAACUAUUUUUAAUUAAAUUAACCUAUUGUGUCAUUGAUUAAAAGUGAAUAAAAUCCAACGAAGAAAAUUUUCGAUGAAAUUUAAUUAAGCUGUACAUUCGUAUUCAUAGUUGUCUGUUAAAUAUAAACAUUAUCAGAAUGGGAGAUUGUAGUAAUUUGAUAGUUGAAAUCAUGAGCCGUUUAAAGCUAGACCACCAUGGAAAACCUGAAAGCACUGAACGAGUUCGAGUUUCGCGUGCGGAGUGUCGUGGAUACACACUGCUGAGGCGUCCCAUACUAGGACGAAACGGUCGUUCAGUGCUUCCAGGUUUUCCAUGUUGGUCUAAAUUUAACCGAAUCAUAAAUUCAACUAUUAAAUAUAUAUGUCUGUAGAAAGAUAAAUGUUAAGGAUAAACUUCCGCUGUGGACCACAUCGAUGUGCAUUUAUGAAUUGACUUGCUCCUGUGGGACAGGUUACAUUAGCUGCACAAAUCAGUCACUUUCCAAACUCAUUUCAGAGCAUUUCCCGGCAUGGCUUUUGAAAGAUAAAUCCGAAACAAUCACUAUUUCAAUACAACAGCACCUAAUCAACUCUAGGCAUGUCGCUCCAAAUGAGUCUUCCUUCAAAACAGUCUAAAAAAUCAAAGGAACCGGAUCAAAAAGAGGUCGAAUCAAAAACUGAUAAGGCUUUGGAGAUCCAUAUAUUCAAGCCCGAACUCUGCGUGCCAAAUUGAUAAGUCUAACCUCUCACCCUUCCUCGACUCUAAUUUCCUUCUGCAGUAUGAUUUGGUCUUGUUUCGUUUUUAUUAUUGCUUCGCAAUUUAAAACCGUAAUCACUUAGUAUUACCCUCUAACAAUUUUUUUAUAACUAUUAUUCAUUUGUCAUAAUGACCUUUACGUUUUCCAUUUUUCUUAAUACCUGUUAAGUAAACAGUUUACUUUCGUAAUUUUGACUCGUAAAUUAUUUUCAUCCACUUAUGCUUCUCUAACCCUCUGUUUGUAAUGCAACGUCAUCUAAUAAAAUAAAACUUAAAAUCAAUUACUGUUCACUUGAAGUCAUUUGUAUUUUCUGUAACCCGCUUAUUCUUCUAUGAUGUUUUGAAGUUCAGUUUAUCCUAUUUAUUGUUCCUCUGUCUAUUAUGCUAAAUUGUGGCAGUAAUUCGAACUAGUCAUUACCCCAAGUCUUUGGUUUUCAGCACUUAUUAGUUCUCUACAUCCUACUCGUUAUCGUUUACCAUCUUUACAAUCGUUUAUUUCACGUUUACCUUUUAUCUUGGUUAUAUGUGUUCAAUUAGGAAUUAUUAAGUAACCCUUACCAGAUGUUAUUUUAUCAGAUACUAACCAUCCCUUUCACUCAUAUCUUUCUCCUUGUAUAUCUUUUGGUAGAACGAGACGAAAUUACAUUAUAAUCCAAGCACGCAAGCAAAAGUAUAAACGUUCUAUAGUACCUUACCUAGCAAAUGUACUCUGUGACGAACAGGUUGUUAGAGUUAACCUAGUCAAUAAUCUGCAUUCUUAACAUGACUCUAAUUGAAAAGUUAUACAGUUUUUUUUCUUUUUUUUCAGAUUUUUUUUAACCGUUUUUUUUCUUUUGUUCUGUAAAAGAAACUUGUUGAAAUAUUUUUGUGCUGAGAAUUCUAUAUUGUACCAAAAUAUAAUAUUGAAUAAAGCCAUAAACAAAUAAAUAAAAAUAAAUAAACUAAUGGAAUUUUAUAAAUUUAAGUACAUGUUUAGUUGUGAACUUCAUGCCAAUUAUAAAAAAUCGUUGUAAUUCGUAUAUUCUAAGCCUGCAAAGUUACAGGAAUCAACAAAAGUCAUGCGGAUAUGUUUAAUAAGAAUUUCGAACGCGGUUUAUUCAUAUUUGUUUACAUUCAUCCAUUUUUUUAAAUUUUUUAAGGCUAAUCAAACGGCUUUAAAUUUAGCGCAUAUGAUAGCCAAACUUUUAUCUACUGAACUUGGAAUAGUGCAUUUAACAGUGAAAGGUCGACCUUUACGUUCUAAUCAUCUAAACAAUGAUGACCGGUAUAAAUAUGCAUUCCUUCAACUUUCACCUACAGCGGAUACUUUUACCACGAUAACUAAGAUGCAACAAUCAUUGAAUUGGAAUGACUAUCAUACGUUGUUGGAAAAGUGUGUAAACUCAAUUUUACUGAGUCCAGUUUACGGUGAAGCAUAAAAUGUGUAGUUUAUAAACUUUUGAAUAGAUGAUAACUUGUUCUCUUUUCUUUUGUAGAUCUUUUACUCCCAAAAUAUUUACAAUUCGCAUAUUUGUUUGUAAAUUCCCCAUUUAUAUUAAAACAAUAUACAUUAAAACUUCC